UGGCCACAAAUGGCCACGAUGGCCUUGCCGCAGCCGAUGCUGGUGGUACAAACUCCGAUGUCGUCCUGUCGUGAACGGAUGCAUCACUCUGCAUAUUUCAGAAGUCACGAGUUCCAGCUAAGACCAGUGGCAUGCAGAUUGAGGCCAACCUUGGCCCCACAACUGCCAUCCUCACUGGUCUCCUGGCGCCUUCCCAGCAGCCACUUUUCCAGGGCAUGUGGUGAAGGGGAAGUACCCAAGGAAGCGCCGGAGGAAGCGGAGCAAGUACCGAAGAUUCGAAAUUCCACUGUUUCCAGGGCAUGUGGUGAAGGGGAAGUACUUGAGGAAGCGCCGGAGGAAGCGGAGCAAGUACCGAAGAUUCGAAAUUCCCCUGGGAGGUUCAUCUUCCUGGUGUAUUUUAUGCACCUGUUGAGCUUCACCAUGGGAGGACCUUUGCUGCCGAUGUUGCGCAAACAUUUCCAUUUGGUUGCUGCAAAGACAGGGCUCCUGACAUCAGCUUUUCCUUUCGGUAUGCUUUUCGCACUGGCCGUUUUUCCGGGCCUCAGCGAUCGCUAUGGCCGAAGACCGAUCCUGAUCAUUUGCUUCGCCGGCUUAACUUGUGGUUUCUUGUUGCAGGCGAAGGCGCUCCUUAGCAACUGGUCCUUUGAAGCCUUUUUGAUAUUUCGGGCGCUCAGCGGGGCUUUCGCUGGAUGCGCAGUUGUCAUGAAAGCAUUCAUUGCGGAUGCCUAUACCAACCCCAAGCAGCUCCCGCAAGCCAUGGCCUUCCGAGAAGCUACUGGCACCGCGUCGUACAUUGUUGGGCCAACCCUUGGUGGCAUCCUCAUCUCAAUGGGUGGAAUCGCCUCCAUCACCCUCACCGGUGCUGUCCUGUCUAUAGUAUCGAUCUUUAUCUUGCUCUGCAUGGCGCCCACACCACAGGUGAAACGUGGCAGGGCCAAACCAGGGAACGAUGCCGAUGGAAAGAUGCCAUUGCAGCUGGUUUCUAUCGUGAUCUUUGUGCACGGUCUCUACGGUCUGGGGCAGUCCGUUUUCGAAGCUUUCUUUGGAGUGUGGUGCUUUGAGCAUUUUGGCUUGGGCCCUGCAUCUGUGGGACCUCUUCUGACCUGCUUGGCAUGCUUGGUUUUCCUGGCCCACACUUUCCUCUACCGUGUCUUGGUGAAUAACUUUGGUGUGGUGGAAGUGGCAGUCAUGGGUUUGCUGUCCAUGGCAAGUGCGUUUCUUGCGAUGUGUGCUGGAAGUUUGUGCUGGGUGCUCCUGUUCUAUGCCUUUGGGGUCCCAUCCUUCACCCCCAGCGUCCCCAUUCUGCUGGCGAAGCUGGCGCCGCCACACCAGCGUGGUCGAAUCAUCGCAGUGGAUGCGGGAGUGAUGUCAGUGGCAAGGAUUUUGUCUCCAGCACUGCUUGGUUUGCUGUACGAACAUGGCCCAUUGAGAGCCUUUGCCUUCAGUGCAUGUGCGCUUGUCUUGGCAGCAGGCCUGAUGGCAUCACAAGCACGAGCGGCAGAUGUGCAGGUGGCGCCACGACCCAAAGGACCCAAACGACGCUGGUUCAAUCGGUUUUGGCGAAGGAAACUGUAGGAAACUGUAGUUUUAGUAUGUUUUAGUAUGUUUUAGUUGUGUACACAGCCCCAGCGGCUUGUUAUGUCCCCAAGCAGGGACAAUGAGUUUCUGCUGGGCGACCCCCCUGGCGAACAGCUUCCGACAAAGCCAUGUUUCACCAUCGGGGGGAUUUUUUUUAAAGAAGUUGCUGCCAAGUCCGCAAUGGAACCUUGCUUGGUUCAGUUUGCUACCAUUGCAGCCGGUGCAACCAAUCAACGUGUCCAUUUUAGUUCCGGACGAUAGAUGGCAGGGAUGGAG